AUGGAUCAGCGUGUUAUUAAACAUUUAGAAAAUGUGGUUUACUGGGCAAGAUCUGGAAUUGACGAUACGAAAAGACCGGUCGUGGCUUUCACAAAGAGUCAUGCAAUUACCUACCGUCAUGGGCAAGUAAAUUCAAAGUAUCUUAUAAAUGAUACAGUGACGCUCAUAAACAUUGUAAAUGCAAACAUCGAAAUUAAGGUUAGUUUUAAGCUUUUCAAAAGAAUGAUUUACCUUGAACUUUUUAGACAACUGUAGUUUUCAUUUCGGAAAGAAAUGAUUACGUAGUUUUCCACACAAUCAAUGAAGAAUUUCCAAGUUUUCCGAUCAAUUUCGAAAUAAUACAUCGUGGUCAAGAUUAUAGAACCCUGGGCUUGGAUUCUGGAAAUUUGGUGUGGAACGGUGGCGUUAUCUCUUCAGUAGGAGGUAGUUUUGAGAAGUUUGAGAGAACUCAGAGUUUUGUAAACGUUCACAAUUUUUUUUUAUUUAGCGGGUUUUUUUUACGGUACUUCUCACUGCAAAAAAGGCGAUAGUGGUUCCGCGGUUUUUGAUUUGACUGGAAAAGUAUUGGGUAUAAUAGUCGGAAAAAUAUCUCUCAAGUUGUCGAAUACUAAUAUAAGGAAAGGUAUAGUCGAUUUCUCGGUCCAAACUCCAAAAAUAAAUUUCACGGAAAUCUCGGACCAUUACAACAAAUCUUGCAUCAUUCCUAUACAUAUUGUACUAUCAAACUUGGAUAUAACUGAAGACUCGCUUGUAAGUUUAUCCAGUUUUGAGAUUGGUUUAAUUUUAAUUUUUUUAGUACGAGCAUGGCGAGAAAAAGCCGCGAAUUGAAGAUGAAGGUCACAAAAGUUGA